AUGGAUAAAGUCACUGGAAAGCUCACACUGUCCUUUGUCGUGGGGUUUAGCGUCGUUCACUGCCUGGCUGCGCUCGUCACUGUCAUACGCGUAGUUCACAGGAAGAAACGGCAGCAGCUGUGGUGGGACGAUCUCUUCGCAUCAAUCGCGAGCUUCGCGACGUUGUUCUUGACCGGCACCACCGUCGCCGCCUACCUAAUGCCCGAAGGUGGAUACCCCUAUGCGGGGCGCGCAUUCCUGUUCUGGAUUGGCUUGUUCUUGACGCCGACUGUCAUCUGGUCUGGCCGCGUCGCCGUUUUGAAUACCAUCGCUUAUUAUCUUCCUCCCGAUGCAUAUCCAGCCCGUCUAACUACGAUCUGGUCUUCUUUGGGUUUCGCUAUCGCUUGGAUCGCCACACUUAUUUCCAAGAUCUUCGUGAGCGGCUUACCCAUUCGGGCGAUUCCCCAACCACCUUUCUCCAAAGCCGCCACUAUCUUCGGUCUCGUUCUCAAUCUCCUCGGAACGGCGUGGCUCAUCGGAUGGCCCGCUUACCUUCUUGUUAAGCUGAGUCUCGGAAAGAGCUACCAACGUCUCAUCCUCACCUGUUUCGUGUUCACGACAACCCUGGGGGCAUGGGAUAUCUGGCACGCCAUCAAUACUCAAAACACUUCCCCGUAUCUUUUCUACUCUUCUCAUUUGGAGCUCCUCUUCUCAGUCCUGGUCGCCAAUGUCGGCUGGUUUGUUGCUGUAUUGGUGGGUUUGCAGCCACACAAGAGUCAGGUCGAGGUAUCCAGCGACUCAGGGAGUAGAUGA